AUGCUGGACGCAGUAAUCGUGGGUGCUGGCUUCUCAGGACUUUAUAUGUUGUACCGCUUACAUGAACAAAGUUUUUCAGCAAGAAUUCUUGAAGCUGGUGAUGGUAUCGGUGGCACAUGGUAUUGGAAUUGUUACCCAGGUGCACGUUGUGACAUUGAAAGCAUGCAGUACUCCUAUUCAUUCUCGGAAGAAUUGCAACAAGAAUGGAAAUGGUCGGAGAUAUUUUCUUCUCAGCCAGAGAUCUUGCGUUACCUGAAUUAUGUUGCUGAUAAAUUUGAUCUUCGUAAGGAUAUUCAACUUGGUACUCGAGUGAAUGCGGCUUUUUUCAAUGAGACACAUUCAUGUUGGGAGAUACAGACAAAUCGAGGGGAUCGACUCUUCGCCAAGUUUUGCAUAAUGGCCACGGGUUGUCUUUCGACAGCUCGCGUUCCACAAAUGAAAGGACUUGAUAUUUUCAACGGCUCUCACUAUCAUACAGGUCGAUGGCCACAUACAAAUAUUUGCUUUAAUGGACGUCGUGUGGCCAUCAUUGGCACGGGCUCCUCAGGCAUACAAUCAAUUCCGGUCAUUGCCGAACAAGCAGAUCAUGUCUUUGUAUUUCAACGAACACCAAAUUUCAGUAUUCCGUCUCGCAAUGGACCCCUCAAAGCCGAAUACGAACAAUGGUGGAAAUCAAAUUAUGCAGAGUAUCGACGGCAGAUCUUCGAGGCACCCUUUGGAUUCAUAGUCAAAAACAAUAGGAAUGUCUCAGCAAUGGCUAUCACGUCAGAGGAACGUCAACAUGAAUUGGAGAAAAGCUGGCAAAAUGGUGGUCUUGAUUUUUUAUUGAGCUUCAAUGAUCUCUUUGUCAACAAGGAAUCCAAUGAUGUAGCAGCUGAAUUCGUACGCACUAGGAUCCGUGAAACUGUUAAAAAUCCCGAAGUGGCCGAGGCUUUGGUUCCACAAAAUUAUCCAAUAGGUACCAAACGUCUGUGUGUCGACAGCAACUACUUUCAGACCUUUAAUCGUGACAAUGUCACGUUAGUUGAUCUUCGAAACGGACCGAUCGAUGAAAUAACACCCAGUGGCAUUCGUAUCAAGGAGAAAGUCUACGAAGUGGAUGAUAUUGUGUUUGCAACGGGGUUUGAUGCGAUGACUGGAGCUUUGCUGGAAAUUAAUAUUUGUGGCCGUUCUGGCAAAACAAUUCAAGACAAAUGGGCAGAAGGUCCACGCACCUAUCUUGGCUUGAUGAUGGCCGAUUUCCCGAAUUUAUUCAUCAUCACCGGCCCUGGUAGCCCAUCGGUACUGACCAAUAUGCUUCCUUCUAUUGAGCAACAUGUCGAUUGGAUAGCCGAAUGUCUCAACUAUCUUCGUACGCAUCAUUACGAUACGAUCGAACCGCAAGUCGAGGCAGAAAAUGCCUGGGUCCUUCAUCCACUUCCUCAUGUUGUCGUCAAUUUCAACAGAGUUUAUCGAAAUAUCGUGUUAACGCAAGGAGAAGUAUAUUUUGUGAAUGGUACUGCCUAUGAUUUUUAUUCAAUCGACGAACUGAACGGUCGAUCAAAACCAGGUUUACAAUGGAAAACAUUUCCAUUGCCAAAUGAAGAUUUACCUGCAAAUAUGACUCCUUGGACACCUCAUAAUGAUAAACGAAAGAAAAAAAUAUUUGUUGGUAUACCAACCUAUCCAGAACCUGGUACUGGUCUUGCAUUUGUUGAUCAUAUUUAUAUUGCUGGCUCACCAAAUUUAACUGAUCGUCGUGCCAAUUUGAAAAGAUUAAUGAAAGAAUAUCAGAUCGCUAAUUAUGAGUGGCGUGAGAAAUGGUCACCAACUAAUUGUUACUCGGUACAAAAUCGUGAAGAAAUAUUUCGGAAGCUUAAUUUAUACACUAAGUUCAAGUUAACUCGAAGGACACAACGAAGAUGCGCAAUUACAAUGGAACACAUUGAUAUCUGGUAUGAUAUAAUUAAACGUAACUCUUCUUUAUCACUGAUUCUUGAAGAUGAUGCUGUAUUUGUACCGAACUUUCGAGAGAAAUUCGAUCGGACGAUUUAUACAGCGAUUCACACAGGUGCACUAAAAAUACAAGGACUGACAAAUUGUAUUAAUAAAUCCAUUUUAUUGCCUGAAAGUAAAGAAGGAUGGUUUGAACAAGAUCCAAUGAUUUUCGUGGGUGGUUGUUUAUAUAAGCAUGAUAGAACUUUUGAAAAGAAUCGAAAAGAUGCACAACCAAUAUUAUCUACACAUAAAACAACUGCGACACGAUGUACUCAUGCUUAUUUAUUAACUGCUUGCUCAGCUCAGGCUCUAUUACGUCAGAUUGCUGUUAAAAUAAAUGUUUUUCUUCAAAUUGAUUAUCUUUUGGAUGUUAUUGUAGAUGAAGCACCGACACUUCAGUCAUUUUGGCUUGAUCCUCCGAUUGUAUAUCAAGGAAAUCAUAUUGCUGACCUAGAUGGAAUUCCAUCCUUUCAUCGUACAGUAUACUAA